AUGAAAGCAGUAACCAAAAGGUUUGGCCGUGACACGCUCAUUCAAUUCGAGGACUUUGCAAACGUGAACGCUUUCCCCAAUACUGGACAGAUACAAGAACGAUUACUGUACAUUCAAUGA